UUGAAACUCUCCGCCUGUCGUCAGCAGAGAUCUCUCGAAAUACGGGGGAAAAACAAGUAAUAGUGAAACAAGUGUUGUAAUUGGUGAAGAGAAGGAAACUAUAACAUAUUCGGAACAACCACGUGAGACACCAUGUCGAAUAAGGUGAAAAUAGUGAUGGUUGGUCCACCCGAGUGUGGGAAAACAACACUCACCAACUUUCUAAGUGAGGCUGGAGAAGUGGGAAGUGGGGAGUACAGACCCACCAAAGGCUGCAGGAUUCUGGAAUUCGAAGUGCCCAAUGUAACCUACAACAAUACUGCAGCCAGUGUUGAGGUUGAACUGUGGGAUGUCAGUGGAGAUAGGACCUAUGAGACGUGUUGGCCUGUCAUUCAGCAAGGGGCACAGGGCAUUAUCUUUGUUUACAGCCCAGGGCGAGAGGAACAUGCACGAGUCCUUGAUAACUUGUACACGCACUUUGCUGAACAACAGGCUGUAAGUGAAGCUCAGUGUGUCGUGUUCUGCCACUACAAACCAGGAGCCAGAGGGAAAGGGGCAAAACUUUCAACUCCCUUCAACAAAAUCUCCAAAAUCGACACGCACUUGGAUGAUGAUAGUGGAAGUGUGAAGAGGGAUUUUAAUGACUUCAUUGCAUCUGUCAUGGGUCACAUGUCUGAUGUUGUUGAGCGUCAAGAGAACUUUAUAUUGCAGUGAACCUCAGUGAAUUCAUGCAAUGAUAUAAAGAUGUUAUUAGCUCACAUGUACUUGUCAAUGUGCAGUGAGCUUACACCCAAGCAUAGACAAAAAAUUACACAUGAAGAUAUACACAUGAAGCCAGAUUUGAACUUCAAAACUUAAUGUGUGCACUGACAUUUUUUGUGAUACCCUUACUGUUAUUUAUGUACUUGCAAAAAAGAUUAAAUGCAAUGAUGUUUCUGGGCAACUCAGUUUCUCUAUACUUAAUGCCUUCUAGUCACGUAAUAUAUAUUUAUGCCGUCCAUAAUAAAGUAUAUAUUAAGAA